AUGUUUAAGAAAAUCAUAACGUUUCUGCUUUUACGAGAUCCGUUACUGGACGCUGGGAGCUCGCACUACCACUUGGGAGCUGUUCGACGAUAUUCUGGGCCCAGUCAUAAUAAUAAUAAUAUAAUUAAUACGCAUUUGUUACUACUAAGGCUGUUUGUUUCAGCAACGCUAACAAUAGCUGUUGAGUUAGAUCUAAUAAACUGCGGGGUUGACCACGAGAUCGACGUCAGCACGGGCAACGUCACGCUCGACAAAUAUCCAUGGAGUGGAAUACUCUAUUAUUUGGAUUACGCUCAAGGUGAGGUGAGAGCGGUGACGACCGUCGUAUUGAUACACAAAGAGUUCGUGUUAGCCGCAGCGGCCGACAUAGGUCCCAUAUCGAAGAAGCACUUCAGGAAAAGUUCCCGCGUCCUGCUAGGCGAGGAUUGGGAGGCGCCGGGACGCCGCGUGCGCAACUACGUCAUUCAUCCUGAGUACGGCGAGACGUACAACACACUAGCACUCAUACAGUUGACUGACAUUGUCAGAAACCCUAAAAUCAAGCCACUAUGUCCACCACCAGAAAGGCUCAGGAAACCGAAAUUCUACGUCGUAAAGUUUGAUGAAGAUUACAAGACUCUUCAGAAACAAGUUCACAAGAUGGAACACAUUCCCGGCGGUUGGUGCAAGGACUUCUACGUUGGUGGUAAUUUGUACAGCGAGCGCAUGCGUCCGCCGCACGUGGCGUGUGCGCUGUCGCUGCAGAUGCAGUGGCCGUGCGUGUGGCACGCGGGCGCCGCGCUCGUCAGCCGAGACGUCUGGGGACGAUGGCAACUGCUCGGAUUCGGUGUCCGAGGUCCUGGUUGUGGAGUCCCGUCCCGAUACCUGGACCUGAUGAGCUACGACCCCUGGAUUAGGUCCAGCCUUCGCAAGUUCCAGCGCAUCACCAUCACCAAGUUGAACAAACAGAAAUACAUACUACGAUCCGCCAGCGCUGCGGCACAAAAGUUCGGCGCUUGCGACGCUGAGGAAACUACGAAUCUAAUAUUUAGAGAGUCUAUUGUACUGAGAACGGAUAAUAAUCAAUACCAGUUCCUCACCUACAAUAUGACGCUGUACAACAAUAUAGACUACAAGUGCAUCACGCUGGAGCUGAUAAACGCGUCGGCCGUCUCCGAGAUGAGGAUCACUCAUUACUGCCAAAGAUAUUCACACGGGCCUGCCUGUUACACCUACAAAGGUUCCGUAUUGGAUGUGUCCGUAUACUUAAUGUUCUCCGAUAAAUGCAUAUUCGAAAUGUUUGUAUGGGGAGAGGAGCAAUCCAUGGCUCUCCUGGACAUACAGAAGUGGAAAUGGGAAGAGGGUACUUACUACAAGGACUUUAGUAUGACGCGCGUCGAAUAUCGAGGACAGACUUACAUGACGGACUUCGGUUUCGAACCGCUGGAUUAUAAGAUGUGGGUGCCGGAGUAUGAUGUGUGGACUACCACGGAGUUCGAUAACAGUACGUGGUCUAGUACCACGCCGCCGCCCACGAAGGAGGAAUCCGGGCCGGACGUCAUCUCCGAUUCGUACGAUUACAAGCCUACGACAAGCACGGCACCGCCUACGAAGAAGAGGUUUAAGACUAGGUCGACAACUAAGAGGACUACAACUACGACUACGACGACUACGACGACUACGCCAACUACGACUACAACGACUACGACGACUACAGCUAAGCCUACUACAGCUCCCCCAGUCACGACAACCACCAAAGAAGAAGCAACGACGACUUCGGCGCCGUAAAGUUAAAUUAUGGUGUAAUGAAAAUUGGUGUUUGCUUUAUUAUUUACACUAGUUGUGGUUCAGGACUCUGUGCACGAGUAAGAAUUUUCUAAAAUAAGUACUUUUUCGGGAUAAAAAUGUUGUAAGAUAACCUUGGAUACUGUCUAUUUUUACGCCAACUUCAUCCAAACCUGUUCAUCAGUUUUAGCAUCUUAAAUAUUAUAAAAACCCCAAAUAUCCAAACAAUGUUUCUCAUUUAGGUAAAUAGGUAAAAUAAGUAAAAAAAAUAAUUCAAUA